AUGGAUUUGUGUAACACAGUUUCAUCUUCUGUGGAGAUACGAAACUGUGGAGAAGUGAGGAAGGAGAAGGGUGAAAAAAUCAGAAUCAGAAACGGAACUUACGGGGAGAUUUCCAGCUGUUUCGUGAGGUCUCAGAAGCUGAUUUUGGUAUCAUCGGAAAGAUCGUCUUCUCAGCUUUCUAAACCAUCCGAGAUCACGAUCUCGAACCCACGUUUCCAGAUCUUCUUUCAGUGGUCCAAUCAGAGUUUCUGCUUGAGGUUUUGGGGGAAGGAUUCCGGUCGAACCCGAACGAUUCAGACCAGAUUGGUGGUAGAUCCAGAUAGAGGGAGUGUCAGAGAAGGCAAGGGAGUCGAAGUUGGUACCAUAGGAGGUUCAGUUUUCCUACAACAGUCUCAAUCCGUUUUCAGCCAAAUUCAGAGAGGAAGAAUCGAGCUAUGGGCCAUGGUCUUCCCUCGAAACUGGACUGUGAUGGGCCGACGGGUUACAUGCAGGUCACGAACGGCUGACGAGCCCGGUAUGGGAGUGUAUGAGCUACGGCUGCCUCCAAGCAUGAGAAUGCCACCAAAGAAGACAACGCGUGUAGCAAAUGCAAAUGUAAAUGCACGAGCUGCUGGGCAAGGACAACCACAAGGUGGAGCAGAACCUGCAAUAACACGUGCAGAGGUGCAAGAGCUUCGGGAUAUGAUGAGAGAGAUUUUGCAGAGACAAGCAGCACCAGCAGUAGGCCAACCAAAUGCUGCACCACAUGGCCAUCACCUACCACCAGCUGCACCACAUGUUCAACAUCCACCACCACCUCCAGCAGGGGCACCAGCACCAGGAAUUGGUCUCACAUACUGGGAGACACUGAGACUCAUGACAGAUUUGGGUACAGAGAUUUUCAAUGGUGGGAAUAACCCAGUGGAGGCUGAUGAUUGGAGGAAGCUGUUAGAGAGGAAUUUUGAGUCAACCAGGUGUCCAGUUGAAUUCAAGAAAGGGCUUGCAGUUCAUUUCUUGCGUGGAGAGGCACACAUUUGGUGGGAGGGUGUGAUGCGGAGCAUGCCUGCUGGAUAUGAGAUACCUUGGGAGACUUUCAGAGAUGAGUUCAACAGGAAGUACUUUCCACAAGAAGCAAUGGAUACUAUGGAGUGUUCAUACUUGGAGCUUCGCCAGGGGUCCAUGACUGUUAGGGAUUAUGAGAGGGAGUUCAACCGCCUUAGUAGGUUUGCAGGGAGAGAGCCUGGAGAACAGAAGUUGAUUCGUAGAUUCAUGAGAGGGUUGAGGCCAGACAUCCGCAACCAUUGUUCAGUUCGAGACUAUGGUAGUAUGAUUGAGUUGGUUGAGAAGGCGGCCAUGAUGGAGACUGGGCUUGAGGAGGAAGUUAAACACCUCAAGAGCACUCAGGCAAAGGCGACAAAGGUUGUGGAGUCUCAGAAGCGUACUUGGGAUAACCGUGAUGCAAGACAAGGCCAGAACCGUUUUGCAGAGUGUGCUACUUGUGGUAAGAGACAUGGUGGAGUUUGUUGGGCCAAAACCAACAAUUGUUAUCAGUGUGGACAGCCAGGACAUACCCAACAGAACUGUCCAAGAGGAGUCAAUAACUGUAGAAGGUGUGGUCAGAGAGGUCAUUUUGCGCGAGAGUGCACAGCGCAGCUGCCUGUAGGACAACAAGGGAACCAGAACAGAGGGAUCCUGCCACCACCUCCCAAGAGACAGGCUGUUGGACCUCGAGUGUUUGCAGCAGCAGAUCAGAUUGGUGCAGAACCGAUUGUGGGGUCUGUCCUUGUUGGAGGAAUUACAGCCUACACAUUAUUCGACACAGGAGCGACACAUUGUUUUGUCAGUCCUGAGGUGGCUAGAUGCUGGGAUUCGAGAAUUGGGUUUGAAGAUAGGCAGAGAAGGAUCGACACUGCUGGCACAGAAGUAAUUGGGUCCUCAAGAACAUAUCGAGAUGUUCCAGUAGUGAUAGAAAAAGAGGGGCUGCUUGGAGAUUUCAUCGAGCUGGAGCUGAAACAUUAUGAAAAAGGAAUUUGGUGUUCCAGGGAGUUAGAGCUUUGGGCAGAAUUCCUGUUAUUUCGAUGGCUCAUGUAG